UUUUCAUUCAUCUUAUUGUGGACGUGUCACAUCAUCAACUUAUCUCUUGAUUUCAAAUAUUUAGUUUUUUUAAAGCUACUUCACAUUUUUUUCGUCAUUAAAUACCUUUCUUAAAACAGUAAUUUUACGGGCUGACCGACAAUAUUUUAUUAUUAAUGGCAACUAAUGAAAGUCAUUUCACAUUCUCAUAGUUACGUGUUUACACAGUUGCAGAAUUUUUAUAACAUUUUUAAUAUCUUGUUAAAUCGAAAACAAUUUUGAAUGUGGCAGUUUCAAGAUAUAAGGUUUCUUCUGGUUAAAUAACAAACUGUUUUGCUGAAAAUCAUUGUCAAUCAGGGUUUCCUGACAAGUUUUGUAUUAUCUAGUAAGUGUAUAUAAAACCAAGCAUGCUUCUGAAACUGUAUCUAAAAAUUGGUUUAUUGCUGUCAGCACAACAAUUUUAUUAGUCUUGUUCUCGCAAAUUCUCGUCAAUGUCAAAGUUCCAGCUGUAACUUAUCGUAAAGGAGAUGGGUUCAAGAUUAUUUGGUUCGAGCUGUUCAAAUUAUUCCCAGUUUUGCUUGCUAUCGCCAUUAUGUGGCUAGUAUGUGGAAUUUUAACAGCUACAGAUGUUUUUGGACCUGGAAAUCCAGCCAGAACUGAUGUAAGGAUCAAAGUUUUAGAGGAUGCUCCGUGGUUUAGAAUUCCGUACCCCCUUCAAUUUGGAAUGCCCACAUUUACAGUUUCUAGUAUUCUUGGGAUGUUGGCAGGCGUUUUAGCAUGUACCGUUGAAUCAAUCUCGUAUUAUCCCACGGUAGCAAUUAUGUGCAAUGCAGCAUCUCCUCCUGUUCAUGCAAUUAACCGCGGAAUUGGAACUGAGGGAUUCGGUUGUGUCCUAGCUGGUUUAUGGGGUUGUGGAAAUGGAACGAAUACAUUUGGAGAAAAUGUAGGAGCAAUAGGAGUCACAAAAAUCGGUUCGCGACGAGUUAUUCAAUGGGCAGCAGUUAUAAUGCUUAUUCAGGGUGUUUUUGGUAAAUUAGGUGCAUGCUUCAUAUUAAUUCCUGAUCCAGUCAUUGGAGGUUGCUUUUGUGUCAUGUUUGGAUUGAUCACAGCUUUUGGACUGUCUGCAUUACAAUAUGUUGACUUGAGAUCUUCUAGAAAACUAUAUAUUAUUGGAAUCUCGUUAUUUUUUCCACUUGUUUUAUGUCCAUGGAUUCAAGACCAUCCUAAUGCCAUCAAUACAGGCGUUGAAAUCAUAGAUUCAACUCUUUCCGUUUUAUUAGGAACCACAAUUUUAGUGGGUAGCGUCAUUGGGUGCUUAUUGGAUCACAUAAUUCCUGGAACGAAGGACGAACGUGGAAUCACUUUAUGGUCGAAGGAAAUGGCAUUAAAUACUAAUGAACAAACAACUGAUGAAGCUUCAACCUAUGAUUUUCCUAUUGGAAUGGAAACAUUAAGGAAGUGGAAAUUUACUUACUACUUGCCAUUCUGACCAACAUACAAAAUGAAGAAAUUUUAA